GCUCUUGGACCGUAACAUCCAGAGGCUGACGGAAAAAAUGGAGAGGAUGACCGUGCUGGAGUUUCUCAGUGCCGCCAGCUACCACUGUUCUCGGACCUACUCCCGCGUAGCUUUGGAAGAGGAAGUCCGAGGAGAAGCACUGGAGCUGGAGGACAUGGAGCUUCCAGCCGGCGCACCACAGGAUGACCCGGACCCAGUAGAGACCCCUGCCACCGAGACACGUACCACCCGAAGGCGCCGAACCGCUGGACCGCGACCUGCAGCGGGUUCCACCAGGACCAGGGGCAGAGCAAGGGCUGCCGGCGCCGCCGCAGGGACCGUGAACCAGCCCGUGGACCCGCCUGCGGAGGACCCGCCUGUGGACCUGCCUUUGGACCCCGUGGACCCUGUACACCCGCCUGUGGACCCGCCUGUGGACCUCCCCGUGGAACAGCCCGUGGAACAGCCCGUGGACCGCGUCGACCCCGUGGACCCGCCAGUGGCGGCCGUUGGUAGAGCACCUCGUGGACGUCGCGCAGCAGCCAGCCCUGCGCGACGAUCCCAGAGAAACCGCGGCCGCCGCGGUGGUGAGCAAAACGACGAGGAGCACGGGACUGAGCCCACCCGCGAGGAGGUUCCCAGAGGGCGUGUCCGCGCAGCCCGCGCAAAUGCCGCAGACAGGCCUGUGCGAGUGGCGAGGGUGACCCGCCGCUCGCCCGCUGUUGCUGCUGAGCGCGAGGAGCGCGCUGUCCGCAGGCUGGGAAGGGCGGCUCAGGCAGAGCGGGAAGCCGAGGCGGAAGCCAACAGGCAGAUCCUUCAGCUUCAGGAGGAUUUGAACGCUGGGCAGCCCUACUGGGACUCAUUUUUGCUCUGUGUUGUUCAAAUAUUGCUGCAAGGCCAUACUGGUUUUGCCAACAAGGCAUUAAUUUUCUUAUUGGCUGGAAUAUCAGUUCGGUGGAAAUUGUCUGUUCACAUUGAAUUCACCAGCAAGAAAGAUGACGAGACUCCCAGUGAUGGCACAGGAGAAGCAUAUGCUAAUAUCUUCAACAGAAUUUUGACACGGACUGAAGAAAUUGGUUUUCAUGUUUGUAAUAUUACAUUAGACAUGGGAGCUGACAACAUGUCGUUCUGGAAGUAUUUUGGCAUCACUGGUGGCCGCUUCCAAAUUUUGAAGAGUUCCAUCCCACACCCUAUUCGACUUGGUGGCAAGGUCUUUUUCUGCCCAGAUGCGGUACAUGUGAUGAAAAGCAUGAAAAGUAUGUUUGAAGGUAAUGGCACCAUCAUUCUUCCGGCAGAUAUUGUUGAAAAGGAAAACCUGCCAUCUGCUGUUGUAGAUUACAGCCACAUUGACGAUUGA